GACUUUGAUGCCACCUACGAUGACUGGCGAGGCGAUCUCAUUCGAGAUGGCUACGCCGUCAUCAAGGGCAUCCCCGAACAACGCGCCGAGCAGUAUGUCGAACAAGUUCACGACUUUCUCGAAUCUGGCUGCGAGAACAGCAACCUCGGGUACGACCGUAACGACCCAUCUACAAUCAAAGAAGAGAGACUCCCCGUCAUCACGGAAAAGGGCAUGAUUCAGCAUUAUGGAGUAUGCCACGAGGAUUUUGUCUGGCAGAUCCGACAAGAACCUGGGGUCUACGGAGCCUUUGAAAAGGUCUACGGGACUGAGGAUCUGAUCGUCAGCUUUGACGCUAUCAACGUGUCUUUCCCCAACCGUAAGGAUCUGAAGCCCAACACCCCCUGGACCCAUCAAGAUCAGGAUCCAGACCGUCCAGGCUUUCGCUGUUUGCAGGGUUUGGUAAAUCUGCUGCCCAAUGGCCCUAACGACGGUGGCCUCAUCGUAGCCAAAGGCGGGCAUCUCCUGAGCGAGGAGUUCCAUAGAGAGUUCGCGGAGGAGACUAGGAUCUGGCAGUGGACGAAUGAAUGGUACGGGUUUACCGAAGCGGGGGUUGAUUGGCUUAAGAGCAAAGGCCUCGAAUGGGUCAAGGUUGAGGCGGGGCCGGGCGAUCUCAUUGUCUGGGAUUCGAGGACACCUCAUUAUAACUGUUCGCCGACCGGGGAUCGAGCCAGAAUGGCCGUCUAUACGUGUUAUAUGCCCGUCGCCAGUGCUACGCAGCAGGAGCUACAGUGCAAGAAGCAGGCUUUCGAGAAUGUCAAGGGAACCACGCACUGGCCCCAGGCGCUGCAGCUCUUCGUCCUCCCUUGCCUAAGGGACGGUCAGCCCGACCCUCACAACCGGCCCCGACCCUCAAAGGAACCUAGUUUCAGCGAACGUGGUUGGAAAUUGACCGGUAUCCCUUACAUCACGUCG